ACUCCGUGCGCCGCCAUGGCGCUGAGGGGGCCCGGGGGGGGGGUCCCCGGCGGUGACGUCAUGGCGGCGCCGCCGGUGACGCGUGCGGCGGCUGUGACGUCACGCGGCCCCCCGGCAGCAUGGCGGCCGUGCCCGCGGCCGGCCCGCGCUGACAUGGACCUCAAGGGCCAGUACUGGACGGACGAUGACUCCGACGGGGACAAUGAGUCCGAGGAGUUCCUCUACGGCGUGCAGGGGACCUGCGCCGCCGACCUGUACCGGCACCCGCAGCUGGACGCCGACAUCGAGGCGGUGAAGGAGAUCUACAGCGAGAAUGCCGUGGCCGUCAGGGAGUAUGGGACCAUCGACGACGUGGACAUCGACCUCCAUGUGAACAUCAGCUUCCUCGAUGAGGAGGUGGCGACGGCGUGGAAGGUGCUGCGGACGGAGCCCAUCGUCCUCCGCCUGCGCUUCUCCCUGUCCCAGUACCUCGAUGGCCCCGAACCGUCCAUCGAGGUUUUCCAGCCGUCCAACAAGGAGGGCUUCGGGCUGGGUCUGCAGCUGAAGAAGAUCCUGGGCAUGUUCACAUCCCAGCAAUGGAAACAUCUCAGCAAUGAUUUCCUGAAGACCCAGCAGGAGAAGCGGCACAGUUGGUUCAAGACAAGCGGCACCAUCAAGAAGUUCCGUGCUGGUCUCAGCAUCUUUUCACCCAUCCCCAAGUCUCCCAGCUUCCCUGUUAUCCAAGAUUCGGUGCUGAAGGGCAAACUGGGCAUCCCUGAGCCUCGUGUGAACCGCCUGAUGAACCGCUCUGUGUCCUGCAUGGUGAAGAAUCCCAAGGUGGAAGUUUUUGGCUACCCACCCGCCAGCACCCAGGCAGGUGUUGCCCCCUUCAACAUCCUGGUUGGUGGCCACUGCAAGAACAUCCCCACGCUGGAGUACGGCUUCCUCGUGCAGAUCAUGAAGUACGCGGAGCAGCGGAUCCCGACGCUCAACGAGUACUGCGUGGUGUGUGAUGAGCAGCACGUCUUCCAGAACGGCUCCAUGCUGAAGCCGGCCGUGUGCACCCGGGAGCUCUGCGUCUUCUCCUUCUACACCCUGGGCGUCAUGUCCGGUGCGGCCGAGGAGGUGGCCACGGGUGCCGAGGUGGUGGACCUGCUGGUGGCCAUGUGCCGCGCUGCCCUCGAGUCCCCUCGCAAGAGCAUCAUCUUUGAGCCUUACCCCUCUGUGGUGGACCCCAACGACCCCAAAACUCUGGCCUUCAACCCCAAGAAGAAGAACUACGAGCGGCUGCAGAAGGCCCUGGACAGUGUGAUGUCCAUCAGGGAGAUGACUCAGGGGUCCUACUUGGAGAUCAAGAAGCAGAUGGACAAGUUGGACCCCCUGGCACAUCCCCUCCUGCAGUGGAUAAUUUCCAGCAACAGAUCCCACAUUGUCAAGCUGCCUCUCAGCAGGCAGCUGAAGUUCAUGCACACCUCCCACCAGUUCCUCCUGCUCAGCAGCCCCCCGGCCAAGGAGGCCCGGUUCCGCACGGCCAAGAAACUCUACGGCAGCACCUUCGCUUUCCAUGGCUCUCACAUUGAGAACUGGCAUUCCAUCCUCCGCAAUGGGCUGGUCAACGCCUCCUACACCAAACUGCAGCUGCAUGGAGCAGCCUAUGGCAAGGGCAUCUAUCUGAGCCCCAUCUCCAGUAUUUCCUUUGGAUACUCAGGAAUGGGGAAAGGGCAGCACCGGAUGCCUUCGAAGGAUGAACUGGUGCAGCGGUACAACCGGAUGAACACAAUCCCCCAGACCCGCUCUAUCCAGUCCCGCUUCCUCCAGAGCCGCAACCUGAACUGCAUCGCGCUUUGCGAAGUGAUCACCUCCAAGGACCUGCAGAAACACGGCAACAUCUGGGUCUGCCCUGUCUCGGACCACGUCUGCACACGCUUCUUCUUUGUGUACGAAGAUGGCCAAGUGGGAGAUGCCAAUAUCAAUACUCAGGACCCCAAAAUCCAGAAGGAGAUCAUGCGUGUGAUCGGGACUCAGGUGUACACAAACUGAGUGGUGGCAGUGGAACCCUGGGACCCCCCGGGCACCGAGUGAGCCCCCGGGCAAGGCUGGGCAGGGGCCGAGCAGGUUUGAGCCCCCCGGGCAGGGCAGAGCCAGGGCAACACCGGCGGCUCCACCUGUACAUAGGCCUUGGGCACCCUGUGAGCACCAGGCAGGUUCAGUGGUCCCUUAUCCCCUCCCUGUCCCCUUCCCACUGUCCCUAACUCUGUGGCAGCCUGGAGAAGGAGCCGUGGGUCUGGCGUGGCUGGGGACGGCCCCUCCUGGCGUUGGCAGCGAUGGCGUUUUUAUCAAUGAUAUGAGAAACUGAAGCAAAAAAAAAAAAAACAAAAAACAACUAAAACAAACCCAAAAACAUAGGCAAAAAAAAAAGAGAAAAGGAAUCAGUGUUUGUGGAUUGAACUUGGCAUUUAAGUGUGGGGUAUGGGAAGUGGAUGCUGGAGAAGGCAUGGGGGUACAGGGAUGGAAUGGGACUGUGAGGAAAGGAAAGUGGCACAGGAAAGGGAUGGGAUGGGCUCAUGGCAAAGGAGUGGGAUUCAAGGGAAGGGUGGGAGAGUGAGGGAGGAAUAGGGGCACAGGGAAGGGAUUAGAACCUGGAGAAGGGAUGGGGGCACAGGUAAGGGAUGGAAUAAUGAGAAAAGGAUAGGAUUGUGGAGAAGGAGCAGGAAACAAGGAAUGGUAUCUUGGGGAAGGGAUGGGAUUGAGGGGACAGGAUGGGACGGGAUGGUGGGAAAGUGCCAUAGAGAAUUGAUGCAGUUUUGGGAUAGGGCUGGGAGGGAACUACUCCCCCUGUGGAGUAGGAUAGAUGGUGCUGUGGAGGCACAACACAAGAGAAAAGGGAUUGUGCCUUAGGGAUGGGAACAUGGGAUCCCACGGAGCAGCCCCCCUGGCAUCAGUGCUGCAGCAGAGAUUCAAAUGGGAAGGAACUUCCCAGGAAUAGCAUUUUGUUUCAGCCCAAGCCCAUCCCAGUAACUCCAUGGACACAGCUGCAUCCUGCUACACCCAAACCUGGAUGGAAACCCAGCAGAGAUAGCCCAGAGGCUGCCAGGGCUCAGGGUGGGCAGAGGGGGCUGGGCACUGCUGGUCCCCACAGUCCAGGGGCUCUCCUGGUCAGCCUCAGCAGCGCAAGGCCACGAUUUCAGUCAGGAUUUACGAUGGAACUUAAGAACCGAUGUAAGAAUUAUCCUGGUUUUGGUACAGUCACCACCUGAGUCCUGACAGGUUCAUUACACCAGUGGGUGCACUCAGUGUCACUUCUGGCAUGUCCUUGUCUUCUGUCCAUGCUGGAUCCCAAAACCGUCUAUCCCCAUUUGUCCCACACUGGCUGCUCCAUGUAUCCAAGGGCCACCCAAACCUGGGCAGGUCAUUCCCUCGCCCCUGGCCCGCCACCUAACCCUUGGUGGGGGGGUUGCUUAAAUUUGUAGGGUUUGGGUUUUUUUCCUUUCCUCAAAUAAAAAAUAAGUCACUUUCCUGGGAUCAUGACAGUCACUUAGCUGUACCCACAAAUGCAAAGGGACAUUCCAUGGGACAUGGCCACAUCUCUCUGAAGCUCCUCCGUCCCUUGGAAAGAUCAGUGAAACAACAGGGCUGUGUCCUGUCCUGAUUCCCUCUGCAGCCAGGGUGAAUUCCUCCAAAACCAGCAAUUCCUGUGAAAAAGCAAAUAACAAGAGAGGCCUGUGGUGCUCUCCCAGCUUCACCAAAUUGUGUUGGAUGCUCCAGCCCAGAUGGAGCUGAGCUGGCCAUAACGGGGGCCUGGGUGUUGUGUUUGGGUGGUGGACGCGGCAGCGAUUGCUCCAAAGAACCAACGAAGGUGACGAUUUUGACAAAAUAAGUUUAUUUCGCUUCACUUAAUUUUGGCCGAAACCUCACAUUUUUCUCCUCUUUUUUUUAAGUUUUUUUGGCUGAAAAAAAAAACCCCAACCCAAAAAUCCCCCCAAACCAACCCAAAAUGCAAAGAACCACAUCACUCCACCCCCUGCCAGAGGUGACCAAGGAGCUCCAACUCCCCCUGGGCCAUGGAGCUGGGGGAGCCACUGCAGUCCCCCCAUCAAAUCCCCUCUGCAUCCCCCCCAAUCCCCAGCCACAAACUGGCCCCCAAAACCAAGCCCUUGAACCCCCCAAAUCCGAGCCCUGUAGGAAACACUCGUGGCUCUGAAUGCCCGAGGGUUUUACUCAACCUUCUUAAUUUUUGUUGGAUUUUCUCCUCCUUUCCCAAAGUUUUUUUGUGUGUUUUGUUUUGUUUGUUUUUUUUUAAAUUAAUUUAUUUAUAGAUAUAUUUAAAAAAAGCAAUAGUCCUUUGGUCCCUAAACUCUAAGGAAUGAUAUGACUCUGAAACAAGUAAUCCUAUGUCCCUGUGCCAGUGACAAGCAGGGGAAGCGCAUGUCCCGCCACCCUGCUCCAUGGGAUAUAUAUAUAUAUAUACUUAUUUAUAUAUAUCUUCUAUAAGUCCAACAUACUUUGAUCCUUCUUUUUUUUUUCCCCAAUGCAGGGAAAAAGGAAAAUCUUGCCGUUAUUCUUUAUCAUCCAAACAAACAUCCUCCAGGUGAAGCGCCCGAGGCUGGUCCCGUCCCACCGGCUUUGGUUUAAGAAUCCAUUUGGAGCCUCUUUUCCUCGUUUCUCCUGGGAAAUCGGUAGCAGCAAAUGAGUGCUUUAAAAAAAACCCAAAAAACAAAGGUAGAUCGUGGCCCGGCUGCCCGGAGCCAUCAGCCUUGCUCCCAGUGAGGGAUCCGGUGAGUCCCGGCGAGCGGCCGGCGGCCAAUCGCAGCCCCGGCGCCGCAUCGCUCCCCUCCUUCCUUCUCUUCUUCUCAUUCCCGUUAAACAACAAACAAGACCAGUUUGGGAAAAAAUUCAAAAAGGAAAAGCUACGACCAAAA